AUGCUCCCCUCCACCGUUGCCCUCAGAAGCUCUGCCGCCGCCAUCCGUCGCCCCGCCGCUCAGUUUGCCACCCAACGAGCCUCCGUCGGCUCCAUCGGUCUGGGUGUCGCUGGCAAGAGGUUCAACACCAACACCACAGCUUCUGGCAAACCCAAGCUUCGAUUCCGAUUCGGCCUCCGAGACAUUCCCGUGGAGACCUACCCCGUCGUCUUUGUCGUCGCAGCCGCAUGUGUGGGGGCUGGUAUUGCUCUAGGCAGGCAAAUCUGGUCUGGUGACCUUCGUCUCAAGCCCUCCGGCCCCGCCAAACCCUGA